UUUUAUUAUUAUUAUUAUUAUUAUUAUUAUUAUUAUUAUUUGGAUGUAAUGAUGUAACUUAGUUGUAUUCCAACUAAGUUUGUUAGUGGUAGUAGGUGGUGAUUUAUUUUAAGUUGAUGUAAUGAUGAAACUUAGUUGUAUUCCAACUAAGUUUGUUAGUGGUAGUAGGUGGUGAUUUAUUUUAAGUGGAUGUAAUGAUGAAACUUAGUUGUAUUCCAACUAAGUUGUCAAGUUGUAAGCUUGUAUAUAUAGGCUUUAUGCCAUUUUCAAAAAAAUGAAUGAAUUCAAUCAAGAUUUCAUCCAUAUACUCUCUAUUUUAGCUUUGCUUAAAAUUUAUUUCAUUUUUCUUCUUUGUUUCUGCCGCAAGUCUCGAUUCUUGCUCGGCAAGCUUUUUGUUGAACCUUGCUAUUUGUUACACUUAGCUCCAACAAAUUGCAUAUCUCGGUAACCUUGUGGAAUUGGAUCUAAGUGAUAACAAUUUCAAUGGUUUAAUCCCUCCAUUUCAUAGAUCUCGAGUUCCAAAUCUUGCAUCUCUUGGUUUGUCAUUCAACCAGCUUUCUGGAUCCAUUCCAGCAUCAAUUGCAAAUCUCAGUAACCUUGUGAGAUUGGAACUAAGUCGUAACAAGUUCAAUGGUUCAAUCCCUCCAUUUCAUAGAUCUGGAGUUCCAAAUCUUGCAUCUCUUGAUUUGUCAAGGAACCAGCUUUCUGGAUCAAUACCUUCAUCUUUAUUUACUCUUUCAACAUUGCAAGACCUCUCUAUUGGAUACAACAGCUUUAGUGAUCACCGAUUAAAGUUUGACAUGUUUUUCCAACUCAGCAACUUGACGUUUCUCGACCUAUCCAACAUGAGCUUGUUAAUUGGAAGCCACAACAAAAGCCGUACUUUUCCCCAAUUAGAGACACUAGAGCUAAGCUCAUGCAACCUUACUGAAUUUCCAGAAUUCAUCAAAAGCCAAAACAAGUUGACUUCCCUAGAUCUUUCUAACAAUCGAUUCCACGGUCUUGUUCCAAAUUGGUUGUGGAAGAGCACACUUGGAGUGUUAGACCUUUCUUCCAAUGCGAUUGAUAUUCCAAAUCAGUUUCCUUUUGAUGAUGUGAAUUCCUCCUUUCCAAUGCUGAGUUCGUUGUGGUUGCGACAUUGUAAUAUAAGUACGUUUCCAGCAUUUCUGAGGAGUCAAGAGAGCUUACAAUAUCUUGACCUUUCAAAUAACAACAUAAGCGGGGCAGUACCAAAUUGGGCGUGGAAGAAAAGUAUGCAGUAUUUGGAUCUUUCCAACAAUAAAUUGGAAGGAAAGUUGCCAAGGUCAUUAGCCAAUUGCACAAUGCUCUACUUUUUAAACCUUGGAAACAAUACUCUUCACGACACAUUUCCUUUGUGGUUGGGAAACUUGCCUGGCUUGAUGGAUCUUCUACUGCCAGAAAAUAGGUUUUAUGGUCCAAUUAAACAUUUGGAAAAUAAUUUCUCAGCAUUGGAAAUACUAGACAUUGCUUCCAAUAAUUUUUCUAGUCAACUAUCGAUUGAAUUCUUCCAAGCCACUCAUCAGCUAAAGACACUCAAAAUCAACGGGAACAACUUGGAAGGGAAGUUGCCAAGGUCUUUAGCCAAUUGCAGAAACCUUGUAGUUUUGGAUCUUGGGAAAAAUAUGAUACAUGGUACAUUUCCUUACUGGUUAGUGAAGUUGCCUCUCUUGAAGGUUCUUAUACUAAGAUCCAAUAGAUUUUAUGGUUCCAUUAAAAUUUUCGGAGAUGGAAAUGCUUUCCCAAUGCUACAUAUACUAGAUCUUGCUUCCAAUAACUUUUCAGGUGAGAUAUCUGUUGAAUUUUUCCAAUCUUUGAGGGGAAUGAUGGUGAUUGAUGACAACAAAGCUAAGCCAAGAUAUGUUGGAGAUAAUUAUUAUUAUCAAGAUUCGGUGACAAUUGUGAAUAGAGGGUACGGAAUUUUUUACCCGAAAAUCUUAACCCUCCUUACUUGUCUCGACCUCUCCAAUAAUAACUUUCAUGGGAGGAUAUUAGAAGAAGUACAAGACCUCAAGUCACUCCAUGUGCUAAACUUGUCCUACAACAGCUUCUUUGGCCCCAUUCCUUCAGCACUAGGAAGCUUAACCGAGCUCGAGUCAUUGGAUCUCUCCCAAAACAGUCUCUCCGGAAAGAUUCCUCCACAGCUUACAAGCCUAACUUUUCUUGCAGUGUUGAAUCUCUCUUACAACCAACUUGAUGGAAGCAUUCCCCAGAGCAAACAAUUUGGUACAUUUUUAAAUGAUUCCUACAGAGGAAACCCAAGAUUGUUUGGGGUUCCUUUGACAAAGAAAUGCAAUGAAGUUGAUUUGCAAAUGCUGCCGCCAAAGGAGGGUGAAGAUUCACGGAUAGAUGGUUUAUCUGUUUGGAAAGUUGUGUUGAUGGGGUAUGGAUGUGGAUUGGUGAUAGGAUUUUCUAUUGGAUAUACAGUGCUGAAUGAGUUCGGAAAUAAAUGGAUGGCUAGUUUAAUUCGGAACUGGAAUCGGAAACGGAGAAGAUCUAGGUGACUCAAUCAGAACUGAAGUUCCAAUGUCCUUUGUGCAGGGAACUACUACCAGUCGUAUGUUAGCACAAUCAGUAAACGUGUGGAGAACUGUGCACUGAGGAGUAAAUAACAUAAAGAGUUGCUGGAAGUACCGUUGGACUUUCAUAGCGAUUGGCUAAGGGGAUAGGUGAAAGGGAGAGUAAUGCAAAGAUGAGUCCAAGACAAGAAGGAGAUAUUGAUUCCAUCAUCUUGGUGGAGAUGAAGAGAGAUAUACCAGUGAAUUAUUGUGGAUCGAGGUUUCUGAUCCAAGAGACCUUUGUUUGAAGGAAACCCAUUGUUUGCUGCAUUUAUGGUUUUGUAGUAGUUAAUUUCAAAUCCAAGUGCGUAUGCUUCUCUGCAGGUGACAGGUUUUCCUCAAACCUAUUCUCUACCUCUGCAUUCACACAUGCAUAAACAACCUAUAGGGUGUGAAUAAAUUAAAUAUUUU